AUGAAAGUCGGCCUGCACAUUCACCUUGCUCAUGAUGGCACUCCAUGUCCCAGCAGCACUGAAUACUCAUCAGACCUCUUUGAAUGGUCAGAUACCGAUGAACAUAUAGACCAUAAUGAUUAUCCGGAGGAAACUUCCAUUCCACUUGUCGCAGACUCAGAUCAUCCGGCUACAACCAUAGUGGACAAAUCCGGUGUUCACUCCCUAUCCAUAUGGUAUUGCCACUGCCCCAGUGCUCUCGACCGGGAUAUGCAGCUCUUUCAAGCAGGCUUAUUUCCAGCAUCCUUCACCAGACCAAAAACUGCAUUCACAUUCUCCGUCUUGGACGACUUUCUGCUAGACAACCUUGAAUGUGGUACAUCAGCCAUGAAUUAUUACAGUAAGAUCCGGAGGCUAACCUCCAGCAUCUUUCCAUUGAUGGUUCCAGAUCGCUACAGAGAGCUCAUGAGGACUGCCAGACAAUGGCGUCAAUGUAAGCUCUACAAGUGGCAUGGGUUUGCCCAUAAAAACGAUGAGCCUAAGACCGGUGACCUCGCCCUAUUUUGUCCGGCAUGUCCUCAACCGGGGAUAAAUUUGGACCGGUCAACCGGUACGGCCACUCAGCCAGACGACACCCCUUCCUGGCUCUUCACCAGGACUUUGGUCAUGGAUGGUAAUUUUAAAGCCGAGCACCUCCAUCCGGUGAAUCCAUCCGAUGAAGUAUCAUUGAUGGAUGGUCUUGCAUUCAUGGUCGGAGAUGAAAGAUACAAGAGUCAUUUGGCUGUUGCCAAAGACCAUGUCCAAAAGUCAGAUUGUAACAAUCACCACACAGUCAAUCAAGCAAAUGCCUCCCGACAAAAGCUAGAGGCCACGGGUAUAGGAGGAUGUGCAUGUGCAUGGCAUGGAUGUUUUGUCCCACAUUCCAUGGUGGAUUUUCAGAAGGGUGAAAGGAUAGACGGAGAGAUCAUGGAAACACUCUGGGCAUCUUUAAACAUAAUCUCCCCGUCAGCCAGGGGCAUGGGAACUCCUCAUCGCAAGGAGGUAUUGGAUUAUCAGAUGAAUGAUUCCAACUUCAUGAAGAUGAUUCGCAUAACCAAAUUUCUUUGCAGAAAGUUUAAAGAGGCUGCUCAGGGUGCUGCAGAGAGCGCACUCUCAUUCCAAAAUCUUAACGAGACAGUUCAGCCUGCCAUGGUAAUUCUUUGGGAAGCAGAGGAGGCUCUUGCUCAGGCAAACAGACUGGAGGAUCCAACAGCCAUGGACAUUUAUGAGGUCUGGUUGGAAAAAGGCAAGUCUCCAACUAGAAAGCAGCAGGAGUUGCGCCUGCUGGAGGCUCAAAAUCGCCCGGAUCAUCUGGCUACCAAUUCCCUCAGUCAACGAGGAGCAGCCACUUGGCUCGCAACUGGUCUCAGCAUAGAAGAAUCCCAAAUCUCUCUCUCUAGAGAUGUGAAAAGGCUCAGAAGGCAUCCUACAGACAUUCAAUUGUUGACAGUAGCCAGACUCAGAGAUAAGCUGCAAAAUCACAUUACAAGCUUUCUUGAGAUGGCACCUACCUAUCUCGUAUUUGCGGUUGAUGGCAAUGAACCGGAUUCUCCGGUAGACAGGGUUCAUAAUUCACUGGAUGAAGAUUAUUCCGAUCUCGAUGAUGAUCACAAUCCGGAUCCGGAUCCGGAAACACAUCAUGGCUCCAUCUUUCAACCUGAGCUCACACUCUUACCUUUGCCAUCCAACCUCGGUAUAGUGAAAUGCAAUGAAUUGGGUCUCACCGAUCUCAUGAAAGAAGAAACUGCCCUUCGUGAAGGUCAGGCCAAUGACGCCCUUCAUGCAAUUAGAGUUCAUUUGGGAGACAAAGCUGUUAUAUUCCGGAAUACUAUCCGGUCAGCCAAGUCACAAGCCUCCUCCACCAGGGCAUGGACUCAGGUUCGCUCGGUGGAAAUGGUAGUCAAUCUCAAUGCCAGGAUAUAUUCAAAAUGUCGGUUGCAGCUAGCCAAACUCCCUGAUCACGACCUCCUGCAGAAAUAUCUUCCACUAAAGAAAGAACACCUGAAAGCAAACGCUGCAGUUGCAGAUCCAAAUGCACGUGGUCAGAGGGACGCUACUCUCGCAUGGUUCUGGUCAAUCAAUGUUCAGGGUGAUACAUCCGGAAAUGACUGGAUGACAGAAUUCUAUAGAGUCAAUUGGCUCCGGACAAAGGCCCUGUGCGAUCGUUGGAAUGAAGAGGUCAUUCUUGUCAAACAUGAAAUGCAGUGGUCUGUCAAUUUCUUUACCUACAAGGCCAAGCAAUGGCUCAGUCUCAUGGACAAUGCCACUUCCACUGGGCUGACCGGACAUGCGUGUUAUGCUGCCCGACAAUGUCACAUAUAUCAACAACUGGCUGCACAUGCAGCGGAGUCAUUUCAAAAAGUGAUUCUGGUCUCUCAGCCGGAAGUACCGGUUGUUAGAUCGUAG